AUGGCUUCUCAAACUAUUAAAAACAUUGUUUUGAUUAACGAAUAUGAACAUGAACUCCGGAGAUUCAACCUAACUGCUAGGCGGUUUGAAUUUAGAUUUCUUGAUUACAAUGGACAAGGAACACCUAUUGACUGGCUAAGAAGAGGUUUAAACGCACUUAUUAAUAAUGGUAUGCGUGGAUUCGAAAAUAAUGAUAGAGUCGGUAUCACUUUUUUCAACGCCGAUUUUCCAGAUAGGCCAUUACCCAUGUCGUUUAGGAGGAGAGAUCAGAUAUCUACAGAUGCUAUAUUGGAUACUUUGGGCAAAGUUUUGCAGAGUAAUGCAAACUUUUUUACUAAUAAUUUACUGACCAUGACAAUUGAUCGGUUCCAGUUGCCCAAUGGUAAUGGCGCAGGACUGGCUUUAAAAGGAUCAACAUAUGAGGAUUUUUGUGCCAAAAAGCGAGGUAUCCGCUAUUUCGGAUUGGUUAUCGGCACGUCUAAUGCUGAAGCGAUAUAUGUCCACAACAGUCGUAAAAUUUGUAUUACGGCAAAUUAUAACGUUAUAUCGCGAUCCGAGAAUAAAAUUUAUCGUACAUGCUAUACCAAAAGACAACGGGUUGAAAAUAGUUACGAUACUGUGCCUUACGGAUACAAUGACCCUUUGAUAAACCAAAACGUUUUGGUUUAUCAUCAAGAACCCCCUCAGACUGCGGAAACCUCUCAGCCAGAAGAAGAAGCCUCUCCGUCCUGUGAGCCUCCUCUGUUGGAAGAAGACAUACUGCUAAAUUAA